ACCAAGUCACGACCAGAAAACACCUGCUAACCCCACCAGUGGAAAACUACUCAAUCAAAAACCGCAGUAUAAGAGCGCUACUUUAUAAUGUAAAGUAUAUGUAGAUGAUUUAAUAAUUAUUCAUUCAGAAUGUGUAAGUUUCAGCGUUGUUUUAUGGGUAAUAGCGCUCUUCCUCGCAGUUAGACCAUUGUGCGCAUGCUCCGUUGCCAUAGUGAAUGCUCCUACAACAAGUGGCUGAGCGUCAUCGAAGAAAACACUAAUCCUUUAAACGAGACAUUUUCCAAGUUUCUUCUGUUUUAGAUGUGUGAAGGACCUUCAUCAAUAUCUGGCCCGAUUCCCCCAGACCCCUCGCUGUUUCCUCAAUACUACCAACGACCAGCUUCAGCUCGUGGUCGUUUAGAGGGGAACCAUGUUGGAACGCUGGGCCUUCUCUUGGGUCCGGUUGCUCCAGAUCCUGUUCUGUUCCCGGGCUGCUAUAGUUCUCGUACGCCAGCGCACCGUCCACGCAUUGGUCCCAACGCAGCCCAUAUUCUGGAACGGGGUCGGAAAGGGGUCGUGGGAGAACUGAUCAAACUGGACAAUGUCUCAGUCAGUCCUGCUCCAAAACAGAAACAGAGAGUGCAUGACUUUGGUAAAGAAAACGUUCGUCGGCUGAGGGAGAUUCAGAAACGCUGCAAAGAGCAGGAGAGUGAGAGAGCACAGUCCCGCCCUGUUCCAGUGAAAGCUCUGUGGACUUCUCCAAAAUACCAGCAUGUGUCAUCCAGGGUGCUGGCCCAGCUAGGGACUUCUACACCUACGGUUAAACCACAGUGUCAAAACUUUCUCAAGGCCCACUCUAACAGCAGCUGUGCAUCAUAUUCGGGACCUUCAAUCCCUCCCAAAAAUUCAUCCAACUUUGCACAGGAUCAAGACUUGAAGGUGCAAGGUCAGGCCAUAGACUUCAUCAAACACAAUGCCAGAGCUGCAGGAAAAACUGUGACUCGCCGUUCUCAGUCACUGACCGACCUCAGAGAUAAACCUGUGCCCAGCGCAGUCAAAGGACAAGUACCUCAGUACCUUGAGGAAAGGAAAGCACAAUGGCGCAAAGAGGAGGAGGAGAGGAAAAGAAACACACCUGAUCCUACAGUCCCACCUGGUCACACCUUGAUGCAGGACAGUGAAAGACAGGAAACACUGAAAUCCCUUAAAGAUACUCAUCGCACCCUGGUGACCGAAUUAAACUCGCUCCCUCUGAAAGCUGACAACCUGAGUACUCGCUCACGCCGGGCACAUCUUGACUGCAGGCUUUCCGAAAUUGAGGAGGCAAUAAAGAUCUUCUCCAGGGACAAAGUUUAUAUCAAAAUUGAUUCCUAACAUCUCAAGAUAUAAGAGAGGAGAGAUUAUGAUCAUUAAAAAUCAACACAUAAUUGA